AUGCACCAAAUCACAGUGUUGGUUCACCACAACAGACAACUCAAGAUGCUGCUAAACCACAGUGCAAGGUUUGGAAAUUUGGCUAGGGAAUGCACCAUAGGUAAGGCUACUCAAAAGGCCAACUGUGUCAAUCAAACUGAGAUGACUGGAAACCUAUUCUUUGCCAAUAGUGUCAUUUAUGAUGUGAAAAUAAAUGGAAACUGGUAUAUUGACAGUGGCUGUAGCAACCACAUGACUGGAAGUGCAGAAUUGCUUGUUGAUAUAAGGACAAAUGCAUAG